GAUAAAAUGACGUAUAAUGCUGCUUAUUAGAUUCAUUUUAGUUCAACUUCUUGUAGUUCUUUACACGUGUCGUGUGACAAUUUCAAAAGCUUUAAGAAUUGCACGUAAGUGUUUACAAGGUUAGUGCUUUUUAAAACCGCAUUGAUUAUUAAUACAAAUUAAAAUGUUGAAACAGCUGCAUUAUUCUUAUUAUCUAACCCUGACGGCUAUCCCUUGAGAUUUAUUUAGAAGAACGUUAAAUAUUCUUACAUAAAAAGUUUUGAGAUUAAUCAUAGUGUAUCAAUCUAAUUUCAAAUUCAUGAGGUUGCAACUCCUAAAAUGGCAUGUGUCAUUGUAGCCGUAGACAAUACGUCAAACGUUUGGACGUUUUCUUGUCUGUGGCUGGCUGUUGCUGUUGCUGAUUAUGGCUGAUCGGGGGAAGUUGUGUCAGCAAACUCCACUUUAUUUUUAGUUUUGAAAAAAUAUUUAUCUAGUAACUAGUGUAAGAGUGUUUUUUCGUGAUAAGUGCAACGGUAGUUAUUAAGUUGUAGUGUAAGUGCUUCAAUCGUGUUGUGUUAUAGUGCAUCUCGAUCUAUUAUUAGGUUUUUUAAAUAGUCUUUUGAAUUUCGCGUUAUGAUCAAUAUUUGAUUUGUAAGCAAUCGUGGCGGUCAAUAUGGGGCAGAGUCCGAGUUCGAUGAGGAGUAAGAGCGGCCGGCAGCGCUCAUUCCGAGGUUUUGCUCGGCGGCACAAACUGAAUAAAUCCAGUUUAAGCCAUACAUUCAGUUUGCCGCCGUCGGAGGAGUACCCGGAACUGAUGAACGUGAACACGGCCACGGAGGAGCAGCUGAUGACCCUGCCCGGGGUGAACCGGCAGCUCGCGCGCGCCAUAGUGCUGCACAGACAGAUGAUCGGCCGCUUCAAGCGCGUCGACGACCUUGCCUUAGUCUCAGGUAUAGGAGCUGAGAAAUUAGAGCUGCUUAGACCAGAAAUUUCAAUAAGCAACCGAAAACAAGUCUCCAGAGCGAGCUCCUGCUCUCAAUCUUUAGACAGUGUCCGAGUUUCAGUAGAAAGCAAGCUUUGUUCUGUUAAUUCUUCCAGUGUUUUCCAAUUGCAAUGUGUACCCGGUUUGAACCAGGAGAUAGCAGCUAAUAUAGUAGACUAUCGGAACAAGAAGGGACCAUUCAAGUCGCUAGAUGAUUUAAUAAAAGUCCGGGGCAUGGAUGUUGUGAGGCUUAGCACCGUAAAGCAACACUUAAGCCUAGAACUAAGAAAAUGCGAAAGUCUACAGCAUCUCGCCAACGGACAUGUAUAUGGUUGCGCAGAUGAUACAGUAUCUAAAUCAUUUAUAAAUGGUGUCUCCAGUACACCAAAGACGCCUCAUAGAAAGAGCUUAUCAAUGCCAAAUAAACUACCUAUGACUUUACCAAAUGGUUUUGCGACCGCACCUGUAAAUGAUAUUCUAGAUCUACUGUCAGCAUAUUCCCACAGACCAAUAGUUGAAGAGGAGUUUAAAUAUGAACGAGAUGGGAUCAAGUGCUGUAGAAUAGCUUCAUGGAAUUUACAUAAGCUUGAUGUAGAUAAGAUAACAAAUCCAGGCGUCAGAGAGGUCAUCUGCAGGACAAUUUUGGAAAACAAAUUGUCCCUCAUCGCCAUCCAGGACGUCCUCGACGUGGCGGCUCUGAAGAUCCUCUGCGACGAGCUGAACUCGCCCGCACUCCGGAGAGUCAGGGAGUGGAAGAGUAAUAGCCACAGAUGGGAGUACUGCAUAGCUGACCAGUUAGAUAGUAAAAAGUUGGGUUUCCUCUUCGAUUCAUCCAACAAAGGUAUAACGAUAGAGGAUAUACCCCUGGACCAAGUGUGCCUUCUGAGCGAAGCGAGCGAGAUCCGGCCGCUCGUCAGCGAACUGGCAACGUUGCGGAGCGAGCGAUACGCCACUGAGCCACAAGCGUUCCUGCUCUCCGGGCGGCCUACAGUCAUCCUCAACGUGGUCUGCCACGACCGACUGUCAACUGAAGACGUGGACCAUAUAGAUAGGGUCGUUAAGAUGGCCGACCGGGGCGGGCUGCCGCUGGCGUUGGCUGGCGAAUUCUGCUGCUGGAGCAACGUGCAGACUCUCGAAUGCUGCGAGCCGCUCCUAGACGAAGGCCUAUCCACAACAAUAGACAACAAAUACUCCGGCCAGAGCUGCAUCCUCUGCCCAGGUACCAUCGACUCUAGCAACUUCAACGGCCACUCAGGUGCUAUCAAGUCCGGGCUCAGCCACCUGGCCAUCCCGCGCGGCUGGUCGUGGGGCGGGCCGGCGUCGCCCUACUGCCCCGUAUGGGCCGAGCUGAAGGUCCCCGAUUGACGACACCUGAACUCCCUGAUUUAUUACGUACCUUCGGCGGUUCUGUUCUUCCUGCACUGUCUUCUUUUGGUGGUGUUGCACAUGUUCUGGUUUAAUAGUCACGUGUUUUAGUAGGUCUUUAAUUAGGAGCAGAGUUCUUGUAGAAAGGUUGUAAAGAUUAAGAAAAAAUCGUAUAGUCAGCAUCAACAGUGUUUCAGAAUAUGCGCCAAAACUAAAAGUAUCUGCCUACCAUUUUUUGUAUAUGUCUAUUAAACUGUUACAGUUUUGAACGUAAAUUGUCGAGAUAUAUUUGAAAAAGUAUUAUAGCAGUUACUUUUGGUGCGUUUUAUACGCCACGAGGCCUUGUACGACGGCUAUUUUUCUUGGUAGCUGGUUUGCGGACUUGUACAGUGGCCAUCGGAUAUAUCGAAGCGGUCAAUGUGAUCAAAAUUAGUUAGACAAGCACUUGGACAUCUUGAUUAUAGAGGAUUUGUUCAGAUAUUUGUGAACACCUUGGCCGCCCCGAUAUAUCUGAUGGCCACAGUACGCAACCGUACAGCGAAUUUUUCUUAGGCUUUACAACUCUUUCCACUAUCGAUAGCUUUGAUUUUAAGGUUUGAAUUGUUUAUCCCGAUUUGGGCCACUUGCGCUAUCCAGGAUUAGCCAUAAAAUCGGGGUUAACCGGUUAAUUGCGGAGUUAACCGGUUAAAUCCGUAGCUAACCGGUUAAACCCGUAGUUAUCCGGUUAAAUCCGGAGUUACCAGUACAAUUUAAUCCUGUGUUAACUGUUAACUCGGAGUUAGUGGCUAGCCCUGGAUGGAACAAGUGGCCCUUAGAUCCAUUAAAUUGUUAUGUAAUAUAUAUUUCUUGUUAAGCCCCAUAUAGUUAUACAAUCAAACAAGAUAUCAUUAAUCACUUUCACCAUAUUGUUAUAGGCCAUAAUUCAUGAGAAAUAAUUUAAGAAUUUUUUACAAACUGACUGGAAUAUUACUUAAAUUAAUACGAAUGAAUACUAAUAAAAUAUUCUCAACAUGUUGCAAACAAAAAAUAUUUUCACAGAUCGGGAGCACUUGUUAAGUUAUUCACCUAUGUGUUUAGUAUUAUUUUGGGAUUAAACACUUUUAGCAAUGAAGUCCAAAUAUGUUUUAUAUUUUAACAAGUUUCACUGUAAAAUGUAGAUGAAAUAUUAUUUAUCCAAAAUGGUGAUUUACUUCUGUAACGUGAUUCUAUAACUAAAUCUUCGUAUUUUUAAGUUUUUCUUUGGUGUUAGGUACUAUUUUAAUGUUUUACCGAGUUGUUUCUGUACUUAGGAAAUAAAAAGAGGAAUGUGCUAGUGAAAUGAAUUUGCGUCCUUUAGCGUUGAUACUAUCGAUGUAUAUAAUCAUAAAUUUAACUAUGUAUAUUAGUAAAACUAAGCAGAUGCUUGUAUAUACGCGAAGUAUUUUUCAAAACUAGGUAUUGCAAACUAAUAUUUGUCUAAGUUUCAAGCCAAUGCUACUCUUAGUAAAGCUAUGUGUUAAUUUUAUUUAUUUAUUUAUUACUAGUGCACGUUUUGUAAUUUCAAAUAUCGUCUUCUGAUACUCAUUUUUGUUUCCAGUAUUUACAGUUAUUUAUGUAAGAAGGAUAAUAAAUCGUAUUUAUCGCUAAUUAGGUAAUUAGUAUCAUUAACUAACAUUUUAAUUUGUAUCUUAUUGUCAUGCAAUAAAUUAAAUACAGUUAACAUUCUUAAUAUCUAUUGAGAUUUAAAUAAAAUAGAUAUCCAAUCAAUUCCAUUUCAGCUGUAUUUCUUUUUGCAUCUCUUCAUAUAGUUUUUUAUUGAUAAUCGUUUUACCGGAACAGUGUACCUGAAACUGUUUUCCUUUUAGGAUAGUAAUUUAAACUUUAAUUAACUAUUUGUAUAUUUUAAGCUAUAACAUUUUGCUCUGAAAGGUCCAAAGGAAGCACUCCGAUGUAAGUAGUUGUUAACUUUUUACUUCUACCAAUAACUCAAAAUUGUAUUAUUUUAUUUACAAAAACUCUUCCGGGAUUACAUUUGACCCCAAAACGCUCGCAAGAUAAUCUUCCAUACAAAUGUACACGCACACGUCACGCAAGCGGUGUGCCGUCUCUCAUAAGAAACAGUAUAUUACGCGCGUUUACGCUCACGCAUGCGGCAUGCACAGGCCAUUAUUAUACCCAAACAAUUAACGUGCUACUUAUAUAUUUGUAAACGACAAAUGAUCUCGCGUCUGAUUAAGUCUAAGGGCAUCCGCUACCGUGGGCGGGUGCACGGAGCGGGCGACGCGCGCGGCUGCCUUGUAAAGUGUAUUCAUCCUUACUUGUCCUAUCGUGUAAACAGACACUUCUCGAAGACAUUAUCACACUUUUCUCUGGAAUUACACAAUAAUCAUCACUUAAAAUGUUGUUGUAUACUUAAAGAAACUCACAAAGUAUUGAAAUCAACCAGUGAAUAAUAUUAUUUCUAAUUAGAUUUUCAUCAAUAAUCGCAGUAACGAACAAUGUCUAGAUGGUCUAUCGUAUGUUGGAACAUCACGUUUGUUUACAUGAUAAGACACGUAAGGAUGAAUACACUUCAGGUAAAAUUCGUCGCUCGCGUCCGCGUCGGUUAGCGUUGCUAAUACUAUUUUUCGUAAAACCGCGCCAGCUAGCGAACGCCCUAAUCUAUACGAUAGUGGAUCCCACUCUGAUAAUAUCAGUGUAAAAUAACAUAUAACAUGUUUAUCAUGACCAACGAGUAGUAUUAUUGUAGCUAAAAUAUUUAUACAAAUACAUUUUGUCUAAAAAUUGUUCUAUAGGUCGACUGGGCAUUACGUUACGUUGAUGAAAUGGGUGGGCGUAUGGGAAUAAAUUACAAUAAAAUGUGUUUAGUAAAUUUACUGUUUUUCUUAGUACUCAAUUGUGAUUAAGCGUCCUAAUUUUACGAAAUAAUAACUGAGUUGUGUUUAAGGCAAAAAAAAAAACAAUGUUUUAAUAAGAUAUCGACUUUCAAAAUUAAAUUCUACAAAGUAUUGAGUCAAAAUGUUGAUUGUGUAUUUUUCAAGUUUUCAAUCGGUUGCUUUAUUGGUUAUUGUGAAUUAUAUUAUUUAAAGUACCAACCUAUGUUCAUAUUGAAUUAUAAUAUGCAGGGAACAGUACCAUCAAAUAACAUUGCGGUGAAACACUAUCCGUGUUCCUUUUUAAUUCAAAUAUCGUAUUGUGUUGUCAAUUGAAUAUUUAUACUAUUAUUUACUAAUUUAGUUCCAUACAUAAUAUAUUUUAAUUUUUUUUUUUUGUAAUAUUUGUGUUUUGGGUAAUAUUAUCAACUUAGUGGCGUAGUAGUGUAUUAUGCCGCCGUGAUUCCAAUUUAAGAUUAACGUUGAUCAUACGAGCUUGGCAAUGUUGGCAUGCGUUUCUUUCUUUCUAAGACCUAUUUUCUUUACACACAGAGACACUAAAAUACAGAUACUAAAAUGUACUACCGUAAAAUGGUCCUACAUUGCUGCCCUGUGGGUAAUUAUGCUCCAAUUCAUUAAAAUGAUUUAAGGUUUAUUUCAAAUAUUAUAUUUCAUUAUAUUAAAAAUAUAUAUAUAUGUAUUUACUCAGGUUAACGUAUAUAACUUUGCGCCGGGUCUCUAUUGUUUCCCAUAAAGUUUUAAGUCAUAAUGUAUUGUUUGUCCGGUUUUUUGUUAGCCAUAAUUUGUAUUUUCUCAGAAACGCGUAAAUUUUCAGGAUUGCCAUAAAACAAACCUAACCUAACCUAUCUAUAGGAUAACCUGAGAUAAUUCCUGAAAAGUUAACGGUUUCAGAGUUAUGACUAAUGAUAAUAUGACUAUCAUUACAUUAUGCCAAACAAAGGGAUCCGUUCUGGGGUGGCGCCACCAAGGGUCGGUGCACACAAACUGUCUGUCACCGUUAAGGGCGUUCGCUAAAUUGUAUAGUAUGGGAAGUUUCAUAGUAAACUGCUGCGGCACGUCCGGUGACAUUGAUCAGUCUGUCAAGUGCGGGUGGUGCAAUUGGCACUAUGUAAACUGUAGGUAGGUAAACAAUAUUCAUACAUUUCUUAAUUUAGAUCAAAGUAGGACCAUUUCACGGUACCCAAUAAUUCUACCAAUUUUGUACUAGAGAGUCUCUUAAGAAAUAAGUUCAGAAAAUGAUAUAUUUCUGUUAUUGAGUAGUCUUUUUUGCCAACUACAGUAACAAUCAAGUCACAAUAAAUUUGAUUUGACUUGCACUUAAUCCUAGUUAAAUGAUUCGUAAUCCACUUACAUCCUUACUUUGUGAUAAAAAUAUAAUUUAUUUUUGUGAGAUCAUUUAUAACUUUAUUGUGUAUUUUUAAUGUUAUUUUCUUGGUGUAUUAUAAUGAUUAUUGGUGAAUUUUAAUAAAUUAUUGAAAUAA